GAAGUUUACAAUCUCUUCCGGGCGCACGCUGACACGGAGACUGGAGCAAUACAUCCAUGGUCUGAAGCUAAAUCCUUAAAGUUAUAAUAGUUCUAUGUGUAAUUGCGUUUUCAUCGUUGCAGGGGGAAGUUGUACGUUUACAUUUAAACGCAGAAACUUGCUUAAGCGUGUUCUCGUUGAAGCCGCAGCCGGUUAACGGCUCUGCCUGUAUUAGCCGAACAUGUCUGCGGAGGAAGCGGACAAAACAGCCACCACUGAUGCUAGCGCUGGAGAUGAGGAGGAGGAAUGGUUGUAUGGAGAUGAGUCUGAGAGCAAAGAUGAGGAUGAAGAAGCUAAACUGAACGCUGCAGUCAGUGCACCCGCUGAUGCCACAGAGGAUGCUGCUGCACAUGCAACAGGAAAUGGAGUUGCCUCCGAGGCCACAGGUGAAGCGGCAGGUGAAGAUGUGGACAGUGAUAGUGACAGCGAUGAUGACGACGAUGAUGUACGAGUCACUAUCGGAGACAUCAAAACUGGAGCCCCUCAGUACACAACUUAUGGAGCUCCUCCUGUAAAUCUCAACAUAAAGACAAUUGGCUCCAGACCUUAUGGACAAGCUUCAAAGAUGAAGGGAGUGGAUCUUGAUGCUCCUGGAAACAUUAAUGGGGUUCCAGUGGUUGAGGUGGAAAUGGAGUCCUUUGAAGAGAAACCCUGGAGGAAGCCAGGAGCGGAUCUGUCCGACUACUUUAACUAUGGGUUCAAUGAAGACACGUGGAAGGCCUACUGUGAAAAACAGAAGAGGCUACGUAUGGGUCUGGAGAUUUCCACAGUCAGUUCAGUGACAAGCAAGAUCACUGUGAGAGACUCUUCUGCUCAUGUUCAGCAAGGCCGAACAGGCAAUGAGAAAGACAUUUGCACUCUGCCUGUUCAUACUUCGAAGCCAGAUUUCCCAUCUCCUGUGAGCUUGUACAAGUCUGCCGUCUGUCAGGUCACCAGUAGGAUCUCCCCCCCUCAGUGGAUUGGCCCACCUGUUCAGGACAUGUCCUAUUAUAUGAAGAGUGGUACGAUCGAUGUGAUUGGUGGACAGACGGCCACAAUCAGCAGGGUUGAAGGGCGACGCAGACACAACCUGGAGGGAAACAAUAUCCAGGUGAUUUCUGAACACUCUACAUCAGAUGCUGAACCAACUUCAGCUAAGAUUCCCACCUUCUUCCCACCUGGACCACUUCCUCCAAACAUACCUCCACCUCCAUUUCUCCCUCCACCACCAAAUGUCAGCACUGCGCCCCCACUCAUCCCCCCACCUAGGCUGCCCAUUACUGUCCCUCCUCCUGGUUUUCCUCCUCCAACUAGUGGGCCCCCACCUUCCAUUAUCCCCACCCUGGACAGUGGUCACCCUGGAGGUUAUGAUGGACGCUCUGUUCCUCCGUACCCCUUCCCUCAAGGAGCUUAUCCUCCACCCAUGGCUGGAGGUGUGCCUCCUCCAUGGCCCCCAAUAAUGGACAACUCUAAACCCUGGGAUUAUUAUUCCCGUCGAGAUGACAAGAGGGAAAAGGAAAGAGAAAGGCCCAGGGAGAGGACUCAUGAGCGGGAGAGAGAAAGAGAGCAUAGUCCUUCAGCUAUGGGCUACACUAGUGAUGAGGAGCGGUAUCGUUUCCGCGAGUACCAGGAGCGUGAGCGCCAUCGUGAAAGGUUGAGUCGAGAGAAAGAGGAAAGACACAGAGAGAGGCGGCACCGAGAAAAAGAGGAAGGACGCCACAAGUCCUCUCGCAGCAGCAGCAGCAGGAGGAGACACGACAGCGAGGAGGGAGACAGCCACCGGAGGCACAAACACAAGAAGAGCAAGAGGAGCAAGGAGGGAAAAGAGGCCAGUGAGGAGAUCAGUGCAGACCAAGAGAACCAGGAGGCCAUGGAGUAAUGUUUGCUACCUCCCUUGUGUCCCCUCUCCCUCUUUGUCUCUGCCAGUCUCCGUUCCCUGUCUUUGUGUCCCUCCAUUCUCCAACCGAGAUGAGAUAGAAGAAAAGAGCAAUGAGUGCAGACCACCAAAACCAGAAAGUUGCAGAGUGUGCGAUGUGUGCUGCCACUCCUCUCUCCCAUCAGUCUCCAUCCUCCUCCCUGUCGUUUGUCCUCACCAUCACUUCAGACAGACAGGUGGUGAUGGAUGGAUGUCUGCCCUCUGUUUCAUCCGUCUUACAGUCACAAGUUGACAUCAUUUCUCAACCACCUCCAGUCUCUUCCUGCCCACGUCUCUUAGCACUGCUGCAACUGUUGCCUCUUGCUCACAGGUUUCACUGUACAGUCGAGAUGAUCAGCAAAAUUUUCUCUCUUUUUCAUUAUGUCAUUGGUUGAUCCUUUUGAUUGUGUCCUGUGUGAAGACACCUGUAGAGCUAUCAGUUUAAGUUCAAUUAAAAAAACAAAACACUUUUUUGAUAAAAAAAAA